CUUAGUAUCUGGUCUUAUUAGAGCUCGCGUUCACAUUCUAUUUGCAACAGCACAAAAACAUUUUUUGAAUUAUCUUCCACACAUUUAUUUGUCCCAGAAUAAAAAAAACAAUGUGCGAAAAGGUCACCGCCAGAUGUACUUGGCCUCAAAUGGCCGGAAACGCUCUAGACCAACUAGUGGCCACCCGAUUGUCUGAUGAAGAUGUCUUUGUAAAGCCUGAUUUAAACGAUGUAAUUAAUGAGGAUCGCGCCGUACUUUUUUCAAUGCAAACUGCCGACCCAGCGACACCUUGUGAGCUGAGGUUCCAAAUCCAGUCCCGCUUCAAAAUCGCAGCUCUUACACUGAUUUGCAGUGCUCCCAGGGUGGAGCUGUUCAUUGGACCCUUGCAGGAAUACUGCGAAACUAUCUACGGAAUUGCCGUCGAUGAGGAGGAUGCGGAAGUUCCGGUUCGACCCUAUCGCUAUGACAUGGAAAUCGACCGAUCCGGGAUUAAUGACAUAAAUCUGAAGAUGCUCACCUCAGCGAGCGAGAUAUGUGUUUAUGGAGCCCUGCUGCAGGUAGCACCGAACCCCAAUGGCAUAACCACGCAGUUGCCCAGGCCAAUGGAUCCGCAAAGAAUCCAGGAACUGCUGCAAAAGGGGGGACCUAGUCCAUCAAGCAAGGAGGAGCAGGCCGAGAAGUUUCAGCAAUUCAUGACUCUGAUGAAGGGCUGUUCCCCAAAAACGGAGGUGAAAGUCCAGGACGCCGUUCCAACCACUGAUGUAGCAGUUCUUAAGGAACACAUAGACAUGAGAUUUGAAAAGCUCGCCCAGUUAGUGGCCGAAAGACUGGACACUUUUGAGGCCCAACAGACGGAUAAGCUUAACAAAAUAAUUGCUCUGCUUGAAAAAGAAAAAUAAUUUAAUCUCAUUUGUAACCAUUUGUAUCAUUCAUAAUUUUACUCCGUAAUUGUUAUAAGACUGUUGGUGCGACACUUUCGAAUGUGAUGAAACAAUAUUAUUCUAUUUGUGUUUGGUUUUUAAAUUUAAUAAACAUAAGUUUUCUUAAA